GGUGGGCAUCUCUGACUUGUGGGUGCUCCGAGUUCGCGGGGGCCCCGGUGCUCCCUCGGGUGCUUGGGCCACCGUCAUCUUCACCGACCUGAACGAGUCAACUUUACACAGACUUCUCCAUGGCCUGGGCACCCGUUCCCGGCUGAACAGUUUUCGGUUUGGUGGACAGCUCCGGUGCUGAGGCCGAUUCGUCGCGGCGGCGGUGGAGAUCUCAGGUCGCUCAGACAGUCUGGCUCUUGGCAGAAAGUGACCGACCUGAAGGAAUUCACGACCAAUGGCAGCGCGAAGCAUGUUGAUGGACAGCCGUGGUGACUUAUUAAAAGGAAGAAUCGGUAUCACCAGGCGGGAGUAGAUGAGUUUCUAGGCCAUUGAGGAAUAGGUCAACUUGGGUGUCUAGGUAGUGACCUGGUGUCGUUCCGAAAGUGAAUCGACCCACAAGGGUUACUUUCAUCGGGUCCACGUGUUGCUCUCAGCUCAACUCAAAAUAGACAGGGAGAGGAUUACAUAGAGUGAGAAUCCCAGGAGACAAAGAUCUUUGCAUGACAUUUUGAAGCCACCUGCUACAAAUUUCCUGGCUAAUCACUUGGAAUGUCAUAAUUGGAAUCAUAUUUUCAGAUUGACUUCUUUCACUUAGUAUUAUGCAUGCUUGCAGAUGGGUCAAGGGCUGUGGAGAGUGGCCAGAAACCAGCAGCUCCAGCAGGAAGGCUAUAGUGAGCAAGGCUACCUCACCAGAGAGCAGAGCCGGAGAAUGGCGGCAAGCAGCAUCGCUGGUACCAAUCACCGGAAACAAGUCCAAGGAGGCAUUGAUAUAUAUCAUCUUUUGAAAGCAAGGAAAUCUAAAGAACAGGAAGGAUUCAUUAAUUUGGAAAUGCUGCCUCCAGAGCUAAGCUUCACCAUCCUGUCCUACCUGAAUGCAACUGACCUUUGCUUGGCAUCCUGUGUUUGGCAGGACCUUGCUAAUGAUGAACUUCUCUGGCAAGGAUUGUGCAAGUCCACGUGGGGUCACUGUUCCAUAUACAAUAAGAACCCACCUUUAGGAUUUUCUUUUAGAAAACUGUAUAUGCAGCUGGAUGAAGGCAGCCUUACCUUUAAUGCCAACCCAGAUGAAGGAGUGAACUACUUUAUGUCCAAGGGUAUCCUUGAUGAUUCACCAAAGGAAAUAGCGAAGUUUAUCUUUUGUACAAGAACACUAAAUUGGAAAAAAUUGAGAAUCUAUCUUGAUGAAAGGAGAGAUGUCUUGGAUGACCUUGUCACAUUGCAUAAUUUUAGAAAUCAGUUCUUGCCAAAUGCACUGAGAGAAUUUUUUCGUCAUAUCCAUGCUCCUGAAGAGCGUGGGGAGUAUCUUGAAACUCUUAUAACGAAGUUCUCACACAGGUUCUGCGCUUGUAAUCCUGAUUUAAUGCGAGAACUUGGCCUUAGUCCUGAUGCUGUCUAUGUACUGUGCUACUCUUUGAUUCUACUUUCCAUUGACCUCACUAGCCCUCAUGUGAAGAAUAAAAUGUCAAAAAGAGAAUUUAUUCGAAAUACUCGUCGUGCUGCUCAAAACAUUAGUGAAGAUUUUGUAGGGCAUCUUUAUGACAACAUCUACCUUAUUGGCCAUGUGGCUGCAUAAAAGCACAAUUGCUAGGACUUCAAGUUUUUACUUCAGACUAAAGCUACCCAAGGACUUAGUUAGCAAAUAUGGUGAUUACAUCAGUGCUGGUCAUUCUAGCCUCUGUAUACAAUCAAGCUAGAGUGUAUAGCCUCUUCUUGUUUCACUGUUUCCUUUUCUAAUGAUUUUCCUUGGGGGAACUAAAUAAUUUUGCAGAAUUUCUCUUAAUUUUGCUUAUCACGUUUUGCACAAAGUAGAGCCAUUAUUGGAUACAGCUGUUAAAGAAUGUUAAACUGACAUUAUACUACAUGAGAUGGUAUAUUUGUGCAUUAGAUUUGCCUGAAAAACUUUAUUCAUUUUCAUUCUUUUUUAAAUACCAUGUAAUGUAUACAUAUUUAACUAAAGAGAUUUAUAAUCAUAAUUAUUUUAUUGUAAAGAUUUUAACUAAAAGUUUUCCUUUUCUCUCAAACUGAGUUCUGAUUUUUUUUUAUUCUGAUUUAAGGCUAUUGUUGGCUUUGUAAAUGUUGGGUCUGAUUUCAUUCAAAAAUCAAUAGUAGUUCUUUCUUUCUUUGGACUUUGAACAGUGUGUUUCUUUGUUAUUAUAUUACUAUGCAAACUGAUACCUUCUUGUAUAAUAUAAACUUAUCAUUUGAUUCUUUUCAAACUGUAAUAAGUCCUUUAAGCAGAAUUUAGAAGUUAUAGAAGUCUCAUCAUUUUUGCUUGUUUAUGUUUGACUUAGUCAAACUAUUUUCCUAAUCUUGAUUAUCUCUGUUCAGAAUCCAUAAAGAAAGGGCUGUUGUGAAUGAUGGUAAGCACUCAUUAUUCAUUCAUAUUUAUCGAAAGUUGCCCGUGUGCUAAGCUCUGUACUGGGUACUAGUGAUACUUAGACAUGAUUUCUGCCUUCACAGGCAUUAGAUAAUUGAGUAAUAUAAGAGAAAUUACCACUUAAUAAAGAGCUAAUGUAUU